ACACAUCUGGAGAGCGGGUUCGUUAUGAAUUUGAAACAAGCUGCUUCCUUUGGAAGCGGACAGAAUACGUCAUAAUGGCAGCAGUGUUCAUCAGAUGUGUCCGCUCCCCGGAAUGACAUCAGUAAGAUAUAUUUCAAUCACGUGUCAGCGUCCCAGAGACAGUUAAGAGAUGAAGUUGUAACUGGAGAAGCUUCGUCGCUGUUGUUGGACUGAGCAGUCCGUCAACAGCUGGAUGAGGGUUGGAAACAUCUGCAGCGCUUAUUCCGGAAAAUGAAGCAGCAGAUGGAUGAAUUUGCGCCUCCGUUCCUGAAUGGAACAUGUCAGGAAUGAUGCAAGGCAUCACCGGCUGUUCUCCAGUGGAGCACGAGAAUAACCCACUCUGAUAAUUUAGAGUAAAACAACUUUAACGUAGCACCAGGUGGAUCAGACAGGAAUGAGUCGGAUUAAAGAUUCCUCUGAGGAGCUGCGCUCUCUACCGCCAAGACCCCCGAACUUACCUGCAGCACUCCCAAAGAGACGGUUUGUCAGGCUGGGGAGGAAGGCCAGUGAUGGCUCUCAGCACAGUUCAGCUUCAUCCACUGGAAGUUCAUCCACCAGCAGAUCUGCUGAGGGUGUGGCCAUAAGACAGCCCUGCAAAAGCCGCAUUCGUCGGAACACCCACCGCCUCUCAGGUGUCUUUCUCCGCACCCCCACCUCCACCUCCACCUCAGGCUCCAUGGCACUGACUGCAGGACUCAAGUCAUCAUUGUCUGUCCACGCCAGGAAGGGAAGCAUGAUCUCUGCAGAUGCUUUAAUUGCAGAAGACCCAUCUGAGCUGUCCAACCAGAUAACUGCCCCAGGAAUCCUGAAGAUCUUUGGAAAUGAAAUCCUGGAAGGAGCUCACUAUAAAAGCGUCCUCGCCACCACGCACUCCAGUGCAAAAGAGCUUGUCAAAGAGGCCCUUGAACGGUAUGGCCUGAGAAAGGAGGAAGCGGAGUCCUACGUUCUCUGUGACACCAUUGGUUCCAUUAGUAAUCAUCCUUGGAGAACAGAAGGUUUCCGAGUACUGGGCGACCAUGAAAAACCCCUCCUCCUGCAGUCGCUGUGGAAACCCAGAGACGGUUUGGCAAGACGAUUCGAAAUCCAGAAGAGAAGUUCAGUAGAGGAGAAGACAUCCAAAGAGAAGGAUACCAUCACUGCUGGUAUCAAUGCUCAGGCUCGUAAGCUGCAGAAGAGCCGCUCCAGAGUGACCUCCACCCUCAUAGAGAGAACCAUGAGCCGGAGCCAGAAACUGUGGAGGAGCAAAAGUGAGAUGGACCUCUUAGAGACCAAACACGACACAGAUCACGAAAAACGUGUCAAGGAUGAAAGCGAGUGCCUGAAUCAAACGUCAGUGCAAAGCUUUGAGCAUCCAGAACAGAAUCACAUUCACAGCCUUGCAGCUCCCUCCGAGGGGGCCAAAACAGAGACCCUCUGUCCGUCAAAGCCGAGAGGUGAGCAGGAAGGAGAGGAGUCGGAGAGGGAGGAGACGGAGAGCAGCGACGAUAACACCACACAGUACUCUAUUCACCCUCCUCACGACUGUCCAUACCUGCUACUGCUGCAGGGCUACAACCCCGCGCAGGACUUUGUCAUCUACCUCCUUGCCAGCCCAAAUAUUGUUGUCGGUCAACAAAGCAGUCACAAGGAAGGGUCAAAGGCUGAUAUCCUUCUCUAUGCCACUGAUAUUCUUCCGAGACACUGCUACUUCCUUCGCCAAAGCGCGGUUGCAUCCACUGUUCUCUGUCCGUGUCAGGAUGCUGUGGUCACUAAGAAUGGAAAAGGGCUGAGAAAUGAGGAGCCGCUUUGCCCCGGUGAUAUUAUUGGGUUGGGACAGCACUACUUGUUUCUUUUCAAAGACCCUCUAGCUUCAAUGCACAAGGAAGUGAUCAGUGAUGCUCUUGAACCCAGCCUGUCUGCUGCCUCCUGGACUCUAGGUCACACCACCUCUGCAACCACAAGAGAAAAGAUCCUCUGUAGCACCUGCAUCGCCUACCAGAGCCCAAACUGCAAACAGCCCUUGAGCGGAGGGCCUCCAUGUCUAAAAUCACCUGAAGGCCACAGUCUGACUCUUAGCUAUGCAGCUGAAGACGAGGACAUCAUUGUGAAGGAGAUUGUUGCUAUGGGGAGCAGUAGCAGCAUCAGUGAUAGACCACCAUUGACUGUUACAUUCUUGUUGUGCAUGUGUGUUCAGUAUUCAUCAGUUUGUCUUCAAACAUCAGACCUACGCAGGCUCCUGCUGCGUAUUGCAAGUGGAGUUCAGAGUGCCAUGUGGGAGCAGACCAAGGAGCUGGCUGCAGUUCAGCCUGAAGUUCUCAGGGGCGAAGGUUCAAACCCAGAAGACCCCACACUUCUCUGCCUCCAAGAGCUGAUCCCUGGACUGCACCCCCUAGUGGUGUGGAUGUCAAACAGCCUGGAGCUGCUGCAUUUCAUUCAGCACCAGCUGCCUCUUAUCCUGGAGUGGAGAGCCCGAGAAGAGGAGGAACAAAAGGAGGAACCAGAGAGGGAAGAUGAUGAGAGCAAGGAAGUAAAGAACUUGGUAUUGUUAGAGCUUCUGAUGUCCUGCGUCCGUUCAGCCAGUGAAGAGACGAUAGCUGUCCUAGAGGAGGUCAUCAUGCUCGCCUUUCAGCAGUGUGUGUACUACUUCACUAAGGUCCUUUACCCAGUCCUGCCAGGACUUUUGGAUUGCAAUCCGUUCAGGGAAAAUCCUGACCUAAGUACAUCCAGUGAAAGCGCUCAGGUCCUGGGUAGCGGAGGACUGCAGGUCCCUGGGGAGAUCCAGCAGGUGGUGGAGGUCUUGACCGAGUGCCUGACACUAGUCUCAGACUGCCAGGUCCACCCGGAGAUUUCCUCUCAGCUCAUCAGCUACCUCUUCUACUUCAUCAACGCGUCACUCUUCAACUCACUCAUGGAGAGAGGAUCUGAGCCAGGGUUCUAUCAGUGGUCCAGAGGUGUGCGAAUACGAGCCAAUCUUGACCUGCUCCUUGACUGGGCCCAUGCAGCCGGACUGGGAGAAUUAGCCUUGGAGCACACACACACUCUCUCAUCGGCUGUCAAUCUGCUGGCUACGCCUAGAAAGAAUUUACUGCAGAAAACUUGGGUGUCUCUUCGCAUAGACUAUCCUGCCCUGAGUCCAGCCCAACUGAACCAUCUUUUGAGUCUAUAUAGCCCAGCAUCGCCUUGUAGACACACCUGGACUCCUUCAGUGCAGGAACAAGCUGCAGCACGGCAAACAGCUGACAUUCUUGAGAGCUUUGAUACCCACCAUCCACUGGUGCUGCCAGAUGUGGGCUACCAGCUUCAACUGAGAAGAGCAGUAACUGAUUCAGCCCUGAGGAGAGAACUGGACAAGCUCAAAGAGUUUAUUUCCACCUUAAAUCUCUUAACUGCUGAAGACCACAAGGGUGAUGAGAUUCAAAUGGAGGCUAACCUGACUAAUGUAGCUAAUCUUCAAAACAGAAGUCUAGAAACUUUGAAUACAUUACAAGCUGAUUUGAACUUAUUGGAGCCUAGUGACCAAAAUCACCAGUCCCCUUCAAGUACCUUUGCUCCCUUACCACCUUCACCGCCAUCACCAUCAUCACCGUCAUCACCGUCAACACCAUCACCCUUUCCUCUCUUCACCAGCUACCUGGAUGAGUUCAGCUCCUCUGGUGCCAAUAUUUUGUCCCAAAAGCUAAGAAAUCUAGAGCUGCAGACAAGAGAGACUGAGACCAACGAGUCAAGGAGGUCAGUCCUGGACCCCUCCUGCCUCCUCACCCCACCUAACAGUCCCCUCAUACUAGGUCGAACCGAUCAGGUGAAGGAAGACCAAGACAAAUGGAUGAAGUCUGAUGAUGAGACACUUCCCUGGCUCUCUGGUGUAGAUGCACAUGAUGAAGGUGGAUUAGUGUAUCAGUGCUUAGCUGCUCUCAAAGUAGACCGCUUAAAGUCCGAUUGCAGCAAUAUGAAAACACUCGUAGAACUAAAAGAAGAAGAGGAGGAGCAGGGAGAUGAAGAAGAAGCAGAUGAAGAGGUUUUUAGCCUGGAGCUGGAGCGAGGUGAAAGAGGGAUUGGUCUUGCUCUAAUAGACACAAGGGACACCUCUUUGAAGGCGAAGGGCAUCUUCAUUCGUGCAGUGGUCCCAGACUCUCCAGCUGCCCGGUGUGAGAAGCUGUUACCAGGAGACAGGAUCUUGGCUGUUAAUGGAAUCAGCCUUCUUGGACUGGACUACCAAAACGGGAGGGAGCUGAUCCAGUCAUCAGGGGCCAGACUGAGGCUACUCGUGUCCAGAUCAAACUGGAUGGCUAAGAUUAUACAGAAUGAGUGCUGACGCUACAUUUGCUGAGAGACUUGUGACACACCAUCAGCACUUAAAGAUGAUUCUGAGAGUGCUUGGAACUUUCAAGUUAAAGGAUAUGGACAAUUUAAAGAAAAUCUUCAGUCUUCUAUCAGGUUUUAGAUGUUUUGCAGCUUUUUAAUUUACAGUCUGGCAUCAUUAGCCAUUUCUGGGUCCAAGUAUUUCGUCACUUCAAAAGAAACAAACGAGCAUUGCGGCACUACUGGGAGUAAAAAACAUGGCUGUUCUCCCAGGGUUUUUUUUUUUUUUACCAUUUACACAUUUACCAUUCAGACAUCCAUGACAAAGAAGAUUUAUGAGGUUGUAACCAGGAAGUAAGUAAGUUAGCUAGAUAGUUGACAUGUUGAUAGUUGAUAUACCACACUCUGAUUCAAAUAUAUUUUUAAAAACACAACAACAAACAAAAAAUUAACAUGUAGACCACUGUCCCCAGUGUUAGGAGGGUUAGUGAAGUGAGGCUUGUUGACAUUUGAUGAUCUGCUACUUAUGAUGAGAAAGCACAUAUAAACAUAUCAACACAGUGAAGAUGUAGGAUGUGGAUUCAGUUGUUCUUAUUGUACAUGUCAAAGAGAAGGCUCUGAAAAUGGACAAAACUUCAGUCAAGAGAACAUCUGAAAUGAGACCAUCUACAACAUCAUAAUUAUGUUACUGGAUGGUCUGGAUUUCUUGCCAUGAACAAGUUCUGAAUACUUUGGAAAACCUUUUUUUUUUUUCUAAUUGUAUAUGUUUUGGCCUUUCAUUCACAUGUCUCUUUUUUUGCAUUUAUAUAUGGACAAGAAAAACAAAGAUUUUGUCAUGCAAUGUCAAAGUUGUACACCUUUUUGAUGACAAAUUGUGCUAAUGUUUGUAGGUUUUCUGUAAACAGGAUUAUGUCACCGCAGCAUACGUGGAGGAAAAAACAAAAGCAGAAAACCCCUGUUUUUUAAAAAAAAAUAAAAUA